UAUAAUUUUGUGAAAUAAUACAAAUUAAUUUCAUAAAAGUUGAAUGUCCACUCUUACUAAAGAUAUGACAUUUCAGAAAGUGGUUUUUUCUUCAACGCAUUUAAUUAUACCAUUCAUGACAAGUAAAAAUGAUUCGAUAAUAUAUGAAAGAAGCUUCUAAGAAUCACGAAAAGUGGUUGACGAGGAUUCGUGUUAAUCAAAUUAAAUAGAAAUUCUUCAAUAUUCGGUAAAUUCAUUACCCUGUUCCAUAAUGACUACGCACGCGAUUCUACCCGCGUAAACGCAACAUUAGGGUGCGUUUCCACUGAGCCCAGUGUGAAAGAGCACGAGAGGAACAUUCGUCAGUGUUCGAUGUUCGUUGACUUUGACAUUCGGUCGUACAGAGACUUCUUAAUUCUUACUGUCAAUGUAAGAGACUAGAACAAUCCAAGUUAUCAAAUUCUCAAAUUGCCAAACUACAAAAUUUAGCGUGUACCCGCUUGAUUUCUAGUUCGUAGCACCCGAACACUGUCGACGAACAUACUAAUGGGUUGUUCGAGCUCGUUUGCGUUCAUAUGAUUCAAGUCGCACCUUUAUAACGAUAAACAAACGUUACCUACAGAUACAAGGGGGUUGAAAUCGAUGCAACAUAGCAGGGAGGGUCGCGUAGGUGUUCCAGGGUAGUACGUUUGAUCUCGCUUGUUCUCAUUGGUCGGAUCCAGCGAAUCCUAUUAACCGAUUGGUUUAGAGGUCCUGCGUUGCCCCCACCCUUUUGGGAAGAGGUGUCCGGAAGAGUAGGGAUUAUAAUACGUACUUUGCAUCGCAUGUAUGAUACGAGGGCACACAGGUGUGUUCACAGUGCUUGUGCACCCCGUGUCACGCGCCAGCCACUUGGUGUUGAAAAGAGAUAGAGGGUGGCUGUGAAACGAGAAAACGUCAGGGCAGGAAAAGUGAAGGGAGACAAUUGUAUUCAUAUUGUUCUUGGAGGAAUCAGCGUGUCAACGACUGUUAUUUCGAUUUUAGCGUUUAUCAAACAAGUUUGAGCUUCACGAGCUUUUAACGACGUACAAUAGAGGGUAAUUCCGUAUUGUUUCCCUGUUAGCCAACGAACAAUACGCAUAGUGUGCGAAACCCGUUCAUCGAUAUCAAUUUCCUGGCUACCGGCUAAGAAUGGUUCAGAGAUUUUGCACUAGUGUGGCUGCGCUUAGCCUCGCCCUGAGUGCUUGCGUUGUUUUUCCGCGUGCCGUCAUGGCGAUCGACUUGAGUCGAUUUUAUAACGACUUCAAGUCGAAACGGACAGAAAAUGCAUGUCACCCGUAUGAGCCGUUUAAGUGCCCAGGAGACGGAAUAUGUAUUUCAAUCCAAUAUUUGUGCGAUGGUGCCCCGGAUUGUCAAGACGGUUACGACGAGGACUUACGACUAUGCACAGCUGCAAAAAGACCACCGGUAGAAGAAACAGCUAGUUUCUUGCAGUCAUUAUUAGCGAGCCAUGGUCCUAAUUACCUGGAAAAAUUGUUUGGAACUAAGGCAAGAGACGCACUGCAAUCUUUGGGUGGAGUGAACAAGGUAGCCAUUGCUCUUUCUGAAUCUCAGACAAUCGAAGACUUCGGUGCAGCGUUACAUUUAGUACGAGCGGACUUGGAACACUUGCGUUCCGUGUUCAUGGCUGUGGAAAACGGUGACCUGGGUAUGCUGAAGUCCAUCGGUAUCAAAGACUCCGAACUAGGAGACGUGAAGUUCUUUUUGGAGAAACUCGUGAAAACCGGCUUUCUCGACUGAACGUGCCACUCCCUUGGAACGACAUUGCGGAGGCACUAUCACGUUGGCUGUAUCGUAUUACAAUCGCAUUAUUCUAUCGCUUGAAAGCCCGAUUGUUCUUUGACGAGUCUCUCUCGCGACGCGAUCACUCGUUUUUCUUUCUACUCUCCUUACCUUCCCAUCGUUUUCUUUCAAUGGCUUCUCAUCGUUCCUGCUUUUGAAAAGAAUACGCUACGAGCACCGAGAUAAGUCGAGAUAUAUACCUUAUACAUUAUCGAGAGGCACGGGAGUACCGAACGUUUAAACUUUCAUUAAAUGUCAAGGGUCGAUGCUUGUAUAUCUGUGCACACCUUUAAUGACCCAACGUUGCUCUCUUGCGCUGCAAUGAACGCGCUCGCUUUAACGAACGACGUGUUGUUACGCUUCCAAGAAAGAAGAAAGUAAUAAAAGAAUGUCGUGACGAUGGAAGUCACGCAUUGAGCAUCGCGGCAACACGAAGCUUAGUAAUUAUGCGAGUCAAUUAAUUAUAUUUUAACGUAUUCGUCGUCACACUGGCAUGCGAUCGAUACGCAAGUUAAUGUAUAUGUGGCUAGUAUGGCGUAACCGUUACGCGACACGCAACCACCUUUCGAGAGACAGAAAACGAGACAAUUCAUCCAACAAGUUAUUAACUUAUUUAUCGUUUGAUUCUUUUGUUUGAUUUCAUAUUAUGUAUAAGCUUUUAUGCAUUCAUUGUUAAAUUAUGCGAAGUAACAACACGUACUCGUGCACGCGCAAAACCUUUCUGCCUUGCAACCGAAUUGCACGUGAUUUUUGUUGUAAACUAUCGUGUGCAAUUAUGUAAUAUGUAUACAAUAUAUGUAUGUAUGUGUACAUAUAUACAGGGUGUACCAGAAAUUGCGUAAAUUCUUGCUGCAUCCUGUACGUCUAUUGCGUUCUUGUAAACCGUAUUACUGCUGGUACAGUACCAUGAAAAGGUCUUUCUACGGAUUUCAGUUUCCCGUCGUAUCGAGAGCAAUUUAUACAAACAUUUCGGAAUGUUUCACCAGCUUGAUGUUUAGAACGAACCUUACUGGAUAUAGUUUGCCUUUGAACGCGCCAUUGAACACUGUUGAACACCGAUUAUUCAAUUAAGUGAAGGACAAUCAAGAUAAAUCAGCCAUAUUUCUCUUCUAUUACAUGGGAAACGCUUUUGUACCGCUUCGAGUAAAAGGAUGUUUGAUCGCAUGUCUGGAAUCAAGAUAUUAGAAUCGGUGAUAGUUAAUUAUAUUUUGAAUAAAACUUAGUUCUCGCCGAUACGCACCAAACGGAAAUACGUAGACAAAUCCUGCUGGAAUAAAUUCGAAUAUACGUGAAACCUCUUGCGGUUCGUUUUGUACAGAUCUUUAUUUUGUAACCAAAUGUAAACCUUAGACAAUCAUUGUCAAUAUUUCAGGUUCUGAACAUUUUGAGUAUUUGAUUCGGUAACGUUUCUUGUGUAGGCAAUGAGAAUUCUGAAAUAUAGUCAAUUGUAUUGAUUGAGGUCUCCAAUUUGAAACGCUACAGAUACCGCAGGCAACGACACUUAACCAGUCUUGCACACUUGGACCGCAAAGGGUUAACCGUAUAUUUUGUAACAUAUGCUUUGAUACGUUAUUUUAAUCGUCAAUAAAGCGAGAAGAUCGAUACAAACCUUCGCUGGCAGGAAGAACUUUGAAUCGAGUUAAUCAGGUAUCCAGUUGGUUUUGCAGUGACGUACAAAUUUUGUUGCAAUCUUCUCAUUUUUUCUUGUAGAACCGAUUGAUCUUUAGUCAGAUAUGAGUGCACGAAUCAUUUAUGUAAAAAGAAGCCGUAUAUCUGUAUAUGUAUAAACGAAUAUGUAUGUAUAUAUACAUAUAUAUAUAUAUGUAUAUCUAUUUUAAAAAAAUGAGAAAGCGAAGCAGGUACAAAUCGAGCAUCUCGCGUUCCUUCAGGGUAUAACGCGCACUUUACUUAAGAUAAGGAAAGAUGCAAGUUAUAUAUAUAUAUAUAUAUACAUAUAUGUAUAAUGUAUUAAUAUUUUCAUUACGGUAACGCAACAUAACAUAUCAAUAUGAAUACAUAUCAGUAAAGUAAUAAAUGUCGAAUUCUCUUAAGGUGCUGGUUCUCCGUUUUUCUUUCUAUUCGAGGAAAUGAAUUUGAAGAGGUUAAAGUAACCGGGGAACCAAUUACACCUAUUGAGAAAGACUUUCGUUUGACGACGAAACUCAUCUCUAUAUUUUAAGCGUAAUAUCUUCUAGUCAACCAAUGACAUAUCUUCUAAUAUAAAUAAUUAAGUAUAUAUUACAUAUCAACAAAAGAGUCACUUUUAUCAAAUAGUAGAUAUAAUAUUUUGGUAUAUAAAAGAGAAUAAUGGAGAAGAAAGAGAGAGAUACAGAGAUAUGUAACGUUCCCUCCAGAUGUCAAUUACGGUCCAAAGUAGGGCCUGGACCGAGGACAGAAUCCUGAGGGAAGUUGUGUAAACUUUAAGAAGAAACUUUCGUAGGACCAAGACGUUCUGAAUCUCCGCUCACGAACGCCUUGACUCUUUACCUACCCCUCCCCCUCAAUUUCGACGUGUUAUAUUUAAGAUAGGACCGUUCAUCUUCAAUGGUAAUUGGAAAUAAUGAACCCAAACAUGUACAACGCGCAGUGCGUAUAUUUCCAUCGCUAUAGAACGGUGUUGUAUACAGGAAAGACCUCUUAUGUGGUUUAUUAUCUCAUACGUGAGCACUUGUUGCAACACCCAGCGAGGAAUUCUAAAAUGCUUGUACACGCCACGUAUUCUCUUACCUAUCGUUUACAUCAGCUUGUAUGCGAUCCAAAGACAAUCCAUGUAAUCCUGAAUUAUCCAUGUAUGUUUUACAACGCACAGCUGCUAUUGUGUAAAAGAUUCAGUAGGUACGUCAUCAAAAAUUACCAACAUGUCUUCAUUGCAAUUUAAUUUAUUAAAAUGCAUCAUUCAAAUGUAACAAAACAUAUCUGCAUGAUCCGUCCAUAGUUGUCCGCUGGAAAAAAUUCCUUGUAAGAUCAAUUUCGACGAACAUGUAAUUUAAUUUGAUUUGUGUUUCUUGUUCUUUAUUUUGCAAUACACACUGUAGCGUGAACGAGCAUUAUUGGAUGUUUCUACCGAUCGAUAAAUUGUACAGCGCAUAUGUAUACGUAAUCAACAUUGACCAUCUUAGUUAUCAAGAUUUAAAUAAUGUGAUAAUGUAAUAAAAUCACACGCCGUCGUGUCUAUGUUACUUUCGACUUCUAUAUUGUUCUACUGCCAAAGCAUUCUUAUUAUACGGCAACUGCGACGUACCAUACACUUGUAAGUGAUCUUGCUUCUUAAAGUUUUUGUACUUCUAUUAAUUAAAAUACAAUGUUCUUGGAAAUAAGUUCAGCGCGCGAUGAUCAUUAAAUAAAGUGAACGUUUCUUCAGUUUUAUUUUA